CUCUCACCUACACCUUCUUCAUAAACCCUCCUCAUCCCAAUCUCCACCUCAAAAUCAAAUCUUUCCCCCAACCCGCCCCAAUUUCAGACCCUUGAUGCCAAUUUGACCCGAUCCGAAAUGGGCCACCUGAACCUGCCCGCAUCGAAGCGGAUCCCCCGGCAAUGGCGCCUCCUGGAUUUGGUCUCGGCGGCCUUCUUCGGCAUAGUCAUCCUCUUCUUCCUCCUCGUCUUCACCCCCUUGGGCGACUCCAUGGCCGCCUCGGGACGCCAGUCCUUGCUCCUCUCCACCAACGCCGAUCCCAAGCAACGACACCGUUUGGUGGCCCUGGUCGAGCAAGGCCAGCACCAGCAGCCCAUCGAGGCCUGCCCCGCCGACGCCGUCGACCACAUGCCGUGUGAGGACCCCCGGAGGAACAGCCAGCUCAGCAGGGAGAUGAACUUUUAUAGAGAACGGCAUUGUCCUCCGCCGGAAGAGACUCCUCUCUGCUUGAUCCCGCCGCCUGAUGGGUAUAGGAUUCCGGUGCCGUGGCCGGAGAGCUUGGAAAAGAUAUGGCACAGCAACAUGCCACACAACAAAAUUGCAGAGAGAAAAGGUCAUCAAGGAUGGAUGAAACUGGAAGGCCCGUAUUUCAUUUUCCCUGGUGGUGGCACCAUGUUCCCUGAUGGAGCUAUAGAAUAUAUUGAAAAACUUGGACAGUACAUCCCUAUCGGUGAUGGAGUUCUGCGGACUGCUCUUGAUAUGGGUUGUGGGGUUGCUAGUUUUGGUGGGUAUCUUCUGGCCAAAAACAUUAUAGCAAUGUCAUUUGCUCCAAGAGACUCACACAAAUCACAGAUUCAGUUUGCCCUAGAAAGAGGAAUUCCAGCAUUUUCUCUCAUGCUUGGCACUCGCAGACUACCUUUUCCUGCUUUCUCAUUUGAUUUGGUGCAUUGCUCUCGAUGUUUGAUCCCUUUUACUGCCUACAAUGCCACAUAUUUUCUGGAAGUGGAUCGCGUACUUCGCCCAGGAGGAUACCUAGUAAUCUCUGGUCCGCCUGUGCAGUGGGCUAAUCAAGACAAGGAAUGGGCGGAUCUCCAAGGAGUUGCAAGAGCAUUGUGUUAUGAGCUAAUUGCUGUUGAUGGAAACACAGCUGUCUGGAAAAAACCUGCUGGCGAUUCAUGCCUUCCUAACCAAAAUGAAUAUGGUCUAGAAUUGUGUGACGAAUCAGAUGACUCAAAUGAUGCAUGGUAUGUCAAGUUAAAGAAAUGCAUGAGUAGGACAUCUUCUGUCAAGGGAGAAUUUGCUGUUGGGAUGAUUCCAAAAUGGCCAGCAAGGCUGACGAAACCUCCUGCAAGGGUCACAGUCAUGAGAAAUGGCGUUGAUGUGUUUGAGGCUGAUACUCGACGAUGGGCCAGAAGAGUGGCCUACUAUAAGGAUUCUCUACACCUGAAGCUUGGAACUUCAGCUGUGCGCAACAUCAUGGACAUGAAUGCAUUUUUUGGAGGUUUUGCUGGUGCACUGAAAUCUGACCCUGUUUGGGUGAUGAAUGUUGUUCCUUCUCGCAAGCCCUCUACUCUGUCUAUAAUAUACGACAGAGGUCUCAUUGGAGUCUACCAUGAUUGGUGUGAGCCUUUCUCAACGUAUCCUCGUUCUUAUGAUUUCAUUCAUGUAACCAGCAUUGAAUCACUCAUAAAACAUUCAAUUACAGGAAAAAACAGAUGUAACCUUGUGGAUUUGUUGGUGGAGAUGGAUCGAAUCUUGCGUCCUGAAGGAACGGUUGUGAUUAGAGACUCUCCCGAAGUUAUUGAUAAAAUAGGUCGCAUAGCUCAUAAUGUUAGGUGGACUGCUAGCAUACACGAGAAAGAACCAGAAUCACACGGGAGAGAGAAAAUUCUUGUUGCAACCAAAAACUUUUGGAAGUUGCCUUCAGCAUCCACCUGAUGGCCAAUACUGUUGCUAUGUAGGUAUAAUUCCCUAUUUCCCCUUUAUUCUCAUCUCUGUUGUCAAGUUUCCUCUCUGCAUCAAAUAGAUGCAGUUUCUUUCUUAUCCACCAUUCCCUAUUAUGUAAGGAGAUAAUAGAUUUAGGAUAGGAAGCACCUGAAAGAUGGAAAGACAUGCAGGUUUUUUGUUAGAUAACACAAGAAAAAGAAAAUGGUAAAUUAUAUGUUUAGUUUCCGAGGAUAAUGUUAACUGAUGUUGUUUAUCACCAGUAAAUUUGAUCAUUAUUCUUUUAUC